GCUCCGACACUCAGCGCGUCUCUCUGAGAUCUGUUUUUGUUUACCUUUGUUUAUCAUUUCUCCCUCAUUGCCAGUUUUAUUGGAAAUACAACUUUUCACUGCCGMUUUYAACAGCUUUUUUCCUCCCUCCUCUUAAACCCCUUUUUCCCGCGGGAUGGACUGAUAACAAAAAGGAUCUUCUUUCCUGUACAUCUCAUGCUGUUUCCCUGCAGGCCUCUCCUCUGAGCAGCUCUYCAGCCAUGAAGCUGGCUCUCCACAGGAUAGCGGGCACAACAGUGAGCACGCUGACGACAGGGCUCCGGUAUCUCGGCUCCAAUGAUGCCAGCUACGACGACCCCCUUGUUGACCCCAGCCUGGCCAAACACAGAUUCCACCUGGACAAACCGCACUCCGCUUCCAUCGGCAGCACCUUCCCCGAGCUCAGUCCCGGAAACCAGGAGGUCAUCCUCGCGGCCCUCUCGCCCGUUCUCCCCACCAACGUGUCCGACGUUCUGCUGGGGAACGUCWCGCUGGUGGGGGGCGGGGGGGCCGCGCAGUGCACCGAGAACUUUGCCGACAACCUGGAGUGCUUCAUGAUCCUCACUCCCAGRCAGCAGCUGGCGAUCGCCAUCUUGGCGCUCACCCUGGGGACUUUCACGGUGCUGGAGAACCUCGUGGUGCUGUGUGUGAUCCUCCACUCUCAGACGCUCCGAUCUCGGCCUUCCUACCACUUCAUCGGCAGCCUGGCUGUGGCUGAUCUGAUAGGGAGCAUCAUUUUUGUUUACAGCUUCCUGGACUUUCACAUCCUCCACAGGAAGGACAGCCCAAAUGUGUUCCUCUUCAAGCUGGCCGGGGUCAUCGCCUCUUACACGGCCUCUGUGGGCAGCUUGUUCCUGACCGCCAUCGAUCGCUACAUCUCCAUCCACAGGCCACUGGCAUACAAACGUAUCGUCACCAAGACUAAAGCCGUCAUCGCCUUCAGCAUGAUGUGGACCAUCUCCAUCGUCAUCUCGCUGCUGCCGCUGCUCGGCUGGAACUGCAAGCGCCUCGGCACGAUCUGUUCAGACAUCUUCCCCCUGAUUGACCAGAAGUACCUGAUGUUCUGGAUCGGAAUAACAAGCAUCUUGGUGCUGUUCAUCAUCUACGCCUACAUGUUCAUCCUGUGGAAGUCGCACCACCACGCCGUGCGCAUGCUGAGCCGCAGCUCACAGAGGAGCAAGAUUGUCCACACGCCAGAAGGAGCCAAAGUGCAGAUGGUGAGGCCCGAGCAGGCCCGGAUGGACCUCCGUCUGGCGAAAACCCUCGUCCUGAUCCUGGUGGCGCUCAUCAUCUGCUGGGGCCCGCUCCUGGCCAUCAUGGUCCACGACCUCUUUGGGAAAGUGAACGACUUCAUCAAGACCAUCUUCGCCUUUUGCAGCAUGCUGUGCCUGCUCAACUCCACCGUGAACCCCGUCAUCUACGCCAUGAGGAGCAAAGACCUGCGGAGGGCCUUCGCCAGCAUCUGCCACAUGUGGCGGCGGGGCACGCAGUCGCUGGACAGCAGCGCCGAGAGCGACUGGAACAGCAGGAGCGUGAGAGCGACAGCAAGCUGGGCGGGGAAAGACGGGAGGGUCUGUGGACGAACCCGGAUAAAAGUAGCCCAGGUUACCGUGUCCGGAGUUACAGAGACUUCCACAGCAGAGCCAGUCUGAAAAACUGUGAUGGUUUAGUUUAACCUUUGACCUGUUAGUGGACAGCUUGUUACUGUGAAAAGUACCAAAAAAUGACUAAUUAAUCACUGCAUUGAGCUUCAGGAUGAAAUCUGUAAAAACAUACUCAACGGAGAGUAAAGAUCUCCUAUUCUGGUUGUUAAAUUCAGUAAAUAAUGGUCAUAAAUGUCAUAAUGAAAAAGUCUUCAAUGACUAAAUCAUUCAUAGAAAACUUGCUUUGGUUUAAAAGUGCAAUGAUUUAAAAAAGACUUGGUUUAUUGUGUUUUUUUUUUCUUGUAAGCACUAUAAUAUUAAGAACUUUGCCAACUCUUAUUUAUUUAUUGARAACCAGUUUGUAAAUUUGUCUUUUAAAAUUCUGAAUAGUUUUUUGAUUCCAUCAAAGCUUUCCAUGUAAUAUUUUUAAAACGUAACACAGCUGCAUUUGAAGGGAAAAAAAGAUUUUAUUGCAAAACAGGUUUUUGUGCAAAGCUGUUGUGCAGCAUUGCUGUGAAAUGUCAAAAGCGACAUUGUGUAUCUUAAGGGUGUGUCUACAACAAAACAAGUGCUCUGUAGAUAUGUGAAUUUAUCUAUUUUUGUCAUAUUUAUGCCAUUGUGUCUGUAAACAUUUUUACAAUAAAAUCUA